AUGGAGUGCACUCCCCCGUUUUUGCGACUGUCUCCUGACAUACGCCGUCAGAUCUAUGAAUGGGUUGGUUUGGCAGACUAUCACCCGCACUUUUUCAGGUUGAACGGCCAGGAAACAGAAUUCUUUGGCUUAUUGAUUUCCUGCAAAAUCAUCUAUCAGGAAGCAUCUACUUUGCUGUACUCGAGGAACAGGUUCAUCAUCCGCUACACCAGCCCUCACUCCCUUGCGCCUUUGAGAUCUCUUACAUCCCGGUCCUUGGCGUCUUUAACCUCACUCAGGGUCAUUCUGAAUGAGGCUUCGUGCCAUCAACCUGAAGACGGCAACCACUCAUACUGCUGCCAUUUGCUACGUGUAUACCCUUACGAUGGCCAGACCUACUGCUCCCACGCCCAUGGCGGCCUGCAUCAAGCCCCGGCCACUCUUUCGGUCUCAUCUACGAAGGAUAUGCUUGCCGAGUGGACGGACGCGGCUACCUACAUGUCGGCUCAUGUCAACCCCCGAGCUCUGGAAAUAAAGCUCGUUUGUGACGUUCAGGAAGACGAUGUCGAGGCAGCUCAACUGGCAGUGGCGCCCCUAAAGCUCCUAUCGCCAUUGGCCAACUGCCACGUUCGACUCUGCCGGAAGACAAACAGCCAGCUUCAACAGAUUGCCGAUGUCGCCGUCAAAUACGCUCGUGGCAUCACCCAGACGGCACCCGAUGCGCUCACUAAGCCGUGCCUGUCCUCUUCGACGGCGCCAUUAGCCAGUCACUUGCUCAAGCUUCCACAAGAGCUUCGUCUCCGCAUACUCGAGUAUACUGACCUCGUUACCCCGUGGAACGAGGUCACAUGGAGUAGGCAAGGUCGAACAUCCAGGAAAUAUUCCUUGUGCCGCGUCGGGUGCGAGUACGGCGCAUCGUGCCCUCCUGAAGUACACAACGGAUGCCAGUUCGUCGAAUGCUGGACCAUUGGUUGCUUCUGCCGUCUUCAGCAUUCCGCCGCUUCGGAUUCUUGCCGGUGCUGGGCGGCCCCAACCGACUUGUUUCUCAUCUGCCGCACCCUCUACCUCGACGCCCAGGUGGUUUUCUUCUCACAGAACCGCUUCGUCGUGCACGACUACGACUCCUCCUCCCCAUCGGACGUGCCAAACCACGAGGAGCUGUCGCCUCGCCAGUACCCGUUCGAUCGCUUCGCAGUGAGCGAGUUUCUCCGCGACGUCGUUCCCCAGGGUUGCCUCGACAUGCUCCGCUCUCUCGAAGUAGUCUUCCCACCGUAUAACUGGGAAGUCUGGCCUCAGGACGACUCGUCCGCACAGAAGGACUGGCUCGUUACCGUCGAUUGGGCCAAGGACAAGCUCAACCUGCGCGGGCUGACGCUCCGCGUAGUGAUGGCCGAUGUGAGCGACUGGGGCGCGCCGGACGACCGGGUUGACAUGACGGCGGAGCAGGGCGGCGCCAUUAUAAAAGCAUACCAUCGUAUCAUCACACCCCUUCGACUCUGGGGUCAACCGAACUCCUCCUCUGACACGGUUUUGGCCAGGUUUUGCGCCAACUUGGUCGAACCAAGCAAACACACUUACUCGAUUGAGGACCCAUUUUGGGAGGAGGAGAGGUCCAGGGUGUUUGAAGAUCAGUUGAAGGAGAAGGUUGAGCGGUUGGUGAGGGGAGAUGAGCUGUGGGAGGAACAGUCUGGUCUUCCGGAGCCUCCUAGAGGGCUUUGGAAGUAUGCGUUUCGCAGGGAUGCUUAG